AUGCAAAAUGAAAAUGUUGAUUGUAUGGAAAUAGACUAUAACUCUGAUGUUGAUGUUGAUUUUAAUGUCAAUGAAGAAGAAGAUGCAGGCCUGCAGUCAUUUGUUAUUGAUGGCAAUGAUAUUGAGGAGGGCGGAACAAGCUUUGGUUUCAAGAAAGACAAGGCCUUUGAGAAUCCGGCAUUGAGCUCGUAUCCUUUGAGCAAUAUGCCUGUCUAUAUCCGUUUUAUGGCUAUCUUCAUUAUUAUCUUUCAUUUCGUGUUUCUGAUGGAUAAUGGUGGAUCGAUCCUCAUCAAAUUUUGCAAUAUCCUUUUCUCUCUUUUUGAUCUUACUAAUGCUCUUCCCUUGACAAUUGACAGCUUGAAACACAUCACAGGUUUCAACACAGCAACAGGCGGAAUUAUGGUGUAUGUGACAUGCUCAAAAUGUUAUACAAUUUAUUCUCCAAACGCAAGCACAAAAAAUUGCACAUUCAAAUUAUUCACUCAUUCAAAUACCUGCAACAACACCCUCUUUAAAUCUACAAGUGGCAAUCGUUCUUCUCCAGUGAUGGUGUAUCCGUACAGCUCUCUCAAACACACUUUACAACAAUAUUUCUUAACACCAAAUUUUGAAUACCGAAUCAAUCUUUGGAGAAAUUGUCAAACACUUGCAGAAACAAAAAUGGACAUAUACGACAGCGCAAUGUGGAACGAAAUCAAAGACAAUAAUGGCAAACGAUUUGUUGAUGACCCCCAAUCUCUAAUGUUGACUCUAGACAUCGAUUGA